CAUUUAUCCAGUCCACUGCAGAUGGAAUCCAUAUGGUCCUUGGUCAGAGUGUGAUGGCUGUACUAAAACACAGAUUCGCAGGCGAACUGUAGCAACCUAUGGACAGUUUGAAGGAAAUCCAUGCUCAGGAAAUUCAUUUGAAACUCGUACAUGUGUUCCCACAAGAGGUUGCCCAACAGAAGAAGGAUGUGGUGACCGUUUCAGAUGUUCUUCAGGACAAUGCAUUCGCAAAUCAUUGAUGUGCAAUGGAGAUCAAGAUUGCCUGGAAGGUGGCUCUGAUGAAGAUAACUGUGAAGAAGUCAAGAAAAUAUGUGAUGAGAAGCCCCCACUUAGAUCACCUCCUAAUGUAAUGCUUACAGGGAGAGGCUUUGAUGCCCUUACUGGUGAAAUGAAAGGUGUGGUCAUUGACACUAAGAGCUUUGGUGGCCAAUGUCGGAAGGUCUUCAGCGGUGACCGGAGAGAAUAUUAUCGGCUGAGUGAAAAUGUCCUUGCUUAUACAUUUGAGGUGAAAAUUGAGAAUGAAUUCAAUACUGAAUUUUACAACAGUAGCUGGUCCUAUAUGAAAGAGACAGAGAGUCGCGCUAAUGGAAAUGAUUACCAUCACUACACAGAAGAAGAAUAUGCAAAAGACCGUUCAGAG